AUGCCAAAUGAUUCAGCAUUGUCCUGUAGUGUAGGAGAUGUUCCCAGAGUCAAUGGCCAGUUAGCCGCUUCACGUGCUUUCGGAGACAAAAGCCUCAAGUCACAUCUGAGUUCAGAUCCAGAUAUACGCUCCGAAGAUGUGACUGCUGACAUCGAUCUACUGAUCCUUGCGAGUGAUGGCUUGUGGAAGGUAAUGAGCAACGAAGAGGCAGUGGAUAUUGCUAGAAAGUACAAAGAUCCACAAGCAGCAGCAAGGCCGCUGGCAACGGAAGCAGUGAACAGUGUCAUCAAGGAUGAUAUCUCUUGCAUCGUUGUUCAACUAAGGGCAUAA